UAAAGCUAUUACAAUCGCUUGUCUGCACACUCUUAAAGCUACAGCCUUGUGAAAGCAAACUCAGCCGUGAAGAUGAGGUACGCUAACGAUAUAGCACUAUUUAUGUGUGUUUUAUAUGUGUGCGUCCGUCUGUCCGCUGCACAAUCAGGACCUCCUCAGGCGAGCUGUCCGGCCAAUUGCCCGCCGUCUUGGGUCAAUCUUCUCCAAGAGUACAUGCCAAUGAUCGGGAAUCUAAAUCACAACCAUUCUGUUUGCCGAGUUGCCACGAAUGCCGGCCUUCUGAAUUCCUGUAGCAACCCGGGAAAUAGGUGCAACCCACACGGAAGUAACCCAGCAUUCGUCUGCUGUCCUGCCAGUUGCCUAUCAUCUGUUCCAAACUGUAUCCAAGGGCCCCAAAGACAGAAUUUGUGUGUUCCCACAGAUAUCAGCAGUUGGCAGAACCAGUUCAUACAGGCAUUCUUGUCCGGAAUAACCGGGUGAAUGGAGUGAAGUGCUGUCGUUUUACAAAAUCUGUUUCAAACUGUAUCUGUUUUAUAAUAAAACAAUCACUGUUCAA